CCCCACGGCAUUUUGCGUGAUUCAGAUAACCGCUGUGGCUAUAAAUUGUGUUUCAUUCUAAAACCUUCUGAAACAACAUCUAGACGAGAAUGAAUACAUGUUACUUGAUUAUUUCGGGGAUAGUGUGUACAAUUGGCGUAUCAGAGUGCCUGGAAUGCUUCAAUUGUCUAAAUAUCGAAGACCCUAAGGCGUGUACAAACACAGUUCAAUGUUCAAACAAUGAGUCCUGCUUUUUGCAAACGGUCCAUUCCGGCAACGUAGUACGUUACAACAUGGGCUGUCAGAAUGACCAGUUUUGCAAUUCAUUGGCUGUAGACCACAACGGAAUUAUUGGUCGCUCUAUCCAGACCAGACAACAGUACUCUUGUCAUGAAUGUUGCAGCAGUAACCGUUGCAAUGAGCAUCUAUGUGCAAACAGAAAACCAACAUCUUGCAUCGACGACGAAACACUAGAUUGUGCCCGUCUGAACUCUAUUUUCGCCGUCUGUGCAGAUAUUCAUCACGCCAAAACAACUUGUCCAAAGUUUUGCGGACUCUGUCAGCUUGUUGAUGGGAACUGGGCAGAUUGGGGGCAUUGGUCUAAAUGCAGCGCUACAUGCAAUAACGGGACUCAAACCCGCGUACGCUCCUGCACAAACCCGGCUCCUGCUAACAGUGGACUCAGCUGCUCUGGGCCAGCCGUUGAGUCAAACAUGUGUCAGAGCCAGCUUUGUCCGGUUAAUGGCAACUGGUCCGGUUGGUCGACAUGGUCCGGUUGCUCAGUUACUUGUGAUGUGGGACUAAGAAAAAAGACAAGAACCUGCACUAAUCCUAAACCAGACCCGUGGGGGGACUAUUGCGUUGGUGAAUCUAGCGAAUAUACAAUUUGCCUUAAUGAACCCUGCGGUGUAAUAAAUGAUAGCUGGUCGAGUUGGGGUGCGUGGGAAAGCUGUGCAGUCACUUGUGGAGUGGGUCUCAAGUUCCGACACAGGACUUGUAGGAACCUGAGUCCUUCUACUUACAGCAAGACAUGCGCGGGCGAAUUUAAAGAUUUUGCUGUGUGUGUCAACACGCCAUGCAAUGUAAUAGCCUUCAACGUUCACGGAUUUAACUUGUUGGCAAAUCUCGUCAAUGCAUUUCCAACUGUGAUCUUUAACGAAGGGAAUGCGUAUAACGCCAGCACUGGACAGUUCACAGCUCCGGUGAGCGGGCUAUACUACUUUAGUGUCCAAAUCUGCCUUCAGACCUCAGCAUCUGCUGAAUUUUACAUGCAAACAGGAAAUGCAAACAUGAGCGGGGUUGUAAAACUGACGGCUACAUUUCAAACCUCUCCUGGAAACGGGGCGUGUACAUCGCAAUCAAGCUUUGUGAAGCUACUUAUGAAUGAGCGCGUGUGGGUGCUGAUGGCCCGUCAGUACUCCACAGCAUUUAUUUGGGAAGAGCCAACACAAGCUUGGAAUACAUUUACUGGAGCCUUGAUCCAAGAGCUUUAAUAAAUUGUAGACCUCUU